CAGCAAACGAGCAUAAUGUAGAUUGACAGUUGGGCGUUUUAAUAAAAUAAUCUUUAUUUUUUUAAAAUACCGGACUGGUCUCUCUUACAAUAAACUAUUUAAAGUAGUGUAGUUUUUGUAAUUUAUUGUUAUUGAUAGUUUUUUAUACAAUUUAGGUAAGCUUUCCCAUAAUCGAAUAUAAAAGUAACGGUAACUAGUGAUGGAAGGCAUUGGUAAUAGACUCUGGAAUAUGCACUUUCGUACAAAAAUAAAAGUAUCUUUUGAUGCACCACUAUCGUUUUAGUUAUUUUUGAUCGAAUCGGCGUAGUAGUUGCUGUACCGACUCCGAACCAUUGAUUUUCCCUACCUCCCAGAAACGCAUGUGUAAAGUUAGAAUCGAAAUGUCUAUGUCUUUUUAUUCCAUGACUCACUAGUUACCAUAAGCCAAUUCACAAUUAAAAAUGGAUGUGAUUUUAGAUAGACCGAAACCGAGUAUGGCAGACAGAAAAGCGGAAUUAGAACGUAAGAAAGCCAAACUACAAGCACUUAGGGAGGAAAAGGAUCGUCGACGUCGGGAAAAAGAACUGAAAGAAGUCGAAGAGGCUGCCAGCAGAACUCUUUUGGGUGGAGGUGGCGAUAGGAAAGAAUUAGACGAUUUACUUAGGGAAGUUGGAGUAGCCCCUGUUUCUGAAGUGUUUUCUAGUAUAUCCAGUGCAAAUUCACUCACGCCAGAGCCUAGUCGAAACCACACACCAGACACUUCACUGCAACCGCAUAUUUUAACCAACAAUGUAACAGCUGUAAAAAAGAAGCUUCCCCAACUUACAGUUGUUCCAGUACAAACUACAAACAUUCCCCCCAAGGAAGUUGUUGUCUACACGAAGCAAACCCAGACAACAACUACUGGACAUGAUGUCAGAGACGUUUUGACGUAUGACGAUGGCCAAGAAGGCGAGGAUGAGGAGGGCAGUUUACCGCCACAUCUCGGAGGAUAUGGUGGGAGCAAGCUGCCGCCUGGAAUCCUACCGCACGGUCUUCCCCAAGUCAAGGAGGUCCAGCCAGCGGUUACGGCUUUGGAACAGGAACAGAAGAAGGAGGAAGUAAAAGAAAUUAGGGAACUGAGCGAGGAAGAGAAACAGAUGAUCAUACUUUCAGAGGAAUUCCAACACUUCAUAGAUAGGGCCGGGAGAGUGAUGGAGAGGGCUCUGUGUGAAAGUGUCGACAUUUAUAUGGAUUACACAGGCAGCUUAGGAGAGGAAGGACUGGACGAAAAAUCUCACCAACGUAUUUCGUUUCACCGAAACUUCUUCGAUGAACGAUGGUCCCGAAAUCGCACCGUCACAUCUCUAGACUGGUCCCCACAAUUCCCCGAACUCCUUCUUGCAGCUUACAACAAUAACGAAGAAUCUCCCAACGAUCCGGACGGUGUCGUACUAAUUUGGAAUACCAAAUUCAAAAAGACGACGCCGGAGUACGUAUUCCAUUGUCAAAGUGCCGUAUUAUCAGCAACGUUCGCCAGGUUCCAUCCGAAUCUCAUACUUGGAGGAACGUAUUCGGGGCAGAUAGUGUUGUGGGACAAUAGGGUACAGAAAAGGACACCCAUCCAAAGGACUCCUUUGUCUGCUUCGGCCCAUACACAUCCUGUAUAUUGUAUGAGCGUCGUAGGCACGCAAAACGCACACAAUUUGAUCAGUAUCUCCACUGAUGGCCGACUCUGUUCUUGGUCUCUGGAUAUGCUGGGUCAGCCUCAGGAAAUAUUAGAACUACACAGAAUGCAAUCCAAACCAGUCGCGGUAACAUGCUUGGACUUCCCCCAUUCGGACGUCAACAACUUUGUGGUGGGAAGCGAAGAAGGAUCUGCAUAUUCGGCGUGCAGGCACGGGGCAAAAGCGGGAAUCACGGAUACUUACGAUGGACAUCAAGGUCCUGUAACUGGGAUCAGCGUGAAUGGUGUCCAAGGCGGUAUAGAUUUCUCGCAUAUGUUCCUCACGUCGUCGAUAGACUGGACCAUCAAGUUAUGGAGCUUAAAGGAUUCAAAACCAAUAUACUCAUUUGAAGACAACGGCGACUAUGUUCUCGACGUGAAAUGGUCACCUACGCAUCCAGCCCUAUUCGCAGCAGUAGACGGCAGUGGUCGAUUAGAUUUGUGGAACUUAAAUCAAGAUACGGAAGUGCCUGCGGCUAGUAUCAACGUAGAAGGGAACCCCGCAUUGAACAAGGUCUCAUGGACCCCCAACGGCCUUCAAGUAACAGUCGGUGAUAAUCAAGGAAAGAUAUGGGUGUACGAUGUCGCAGAGACUUUUGCCCAUCCUAGGCACGACGAAUGGAACAAAUUCCUUUAUACGACGCAAGAACUAAGGAAUAACCAAGUCGAUGAUGAUCUAGAAAAAUUAAAUAUUUCUGUACCGAAUACGUCGCUAGGCAACAUGACUUCUCUAUCGUUAACGCCCCUUCGAUAAGUAAUUUAAAUAAAUCCAUAGUCUAAUUAUAUAAUUAAAUAACGAGGACGAGGCAGAUGUAUAAUCUAUUGAGCCACAAGAUAGGAGGAGGUAAAAAGUCACAUGGUUUUGAGUCUGUGAUAAAAGAGGGACGUAAGUUUAUUGUAGAGUACCUUUUCCUUCUGCUGUAAUGCAUUUUGCAAUUUUGUUAUUUUCUUCUAUGAUUUAAAAUAUUUAUAUGCCGGCAAGUAGUUUAUUUCUCUUAAUUGAUAAAAAGCUGUUUUGUGAACAGAAAUAAUACCAAAAGAAUCCAAAGCAAGAACAAAAAUAUCACAUGAGGAAAUUCUGUUCUAUCGAAGGCAGGGAUAGAAGAAAACAUAUGUAAAAUGCAAAAUUCCGGUGUAUUGUCUUUAUUUUGUAUAGUAACUUCCUUCUUGUGAUUUGAUGGUUUAAACAAAGCCCCCUACUCGUUCAUAGCGCUUCUAGCCCAUUUAUGCAUGCGAAAAAUCUAUAAAUACCAUUGGGAGAUGUGUGUAGUGUCCCUGCCAAAAAUAACCCAUGUUAAGUUAAAAUUGGUACUUAACAGAAAAAUUGUAACAACACGAACCGUUUUUAUUGCUAAGUUUAAUUUAUAUAUUUGAGAAAAAUGUAGCUUAUAUUCUGUAAAUAAAAAACUGUUUUUUUAUUAAUGCAA